AAAAGUAUGUCCAAGCCUUCUAUUUUGAUAAUAGAACCAUUUUAUGGUGGUAGCCAUAAACAGUUAAUAGAUACAUUAAUUGAAUGUUUAAAUGUAACGGACUAUGAAAUCUUUAGUCUUCCGGCAAAGAAAUGGCAUUGGCGUGCACGCACUGGGGCAUUAUAUUUUUCACAAGUGAUACCACAAAAUCAUGAGUACAAAAUUUUGUUCUCUUCGUCGGUACUGAAUUUAGCGGAGCUAUUGGGAUGUCGCCCCGAUUUAAAUGUUUGCAAGAAAAUUGUCUACUUCCAUGAAAAUCAAUUGGUAUAUCCUGUUCGAGAAGUGAAGGAAAGAGAUUGUCAAUAUGGUCUCAAUCAAAUUAUGACAUGCCUUGCCGCCGAUAAUGUAAUAUUCAAUUCCAAUUUUAAUCGCACAUCAUUUUUGGAUAAUAUCCAGCCAUUUCUUAAUAUCCAACCCGAUUUGAAGUUGAAACAUCUGCGUGAAAAAAUCGAAAAGAAAUGUGAAGUAAUAUAUUUUCCCAUAAAAUUCCAUGCAUUUCCGAAUAAACGCCUAAUUGUGGGUGGAGAUGUACAAAUGAAUACUCUGACGACAGAAAAUGCCAAUGAUUGUUUGCAUUUAAUAUGGCCACAUCGUUGGGAACAUGAUAAAAAUCCCAAACUGCUAGUUGAGGUUUUGCUGGAAUUAAAUAAACGGCAGGUGGAUUUUAAAGUUACAAUAUGUGGUGAAACAUAUCACACUUCACCGGAGGCAUUUGAAGGUUUGCAGGAUAAGCUGGGAUCGAAAUUAAUCAAUUUUGGUUUCUUGUCACGUGAUAAAUAUGUUAAGACACUGCUGGAUGGUGAUGUGGUUAUAUCGACGGCGGGUCAUGAAUUUUAUGGGGUGGCCAUGCUUGAGGCCACAUACUGCGGUUGUAUGCCCAUUGCCCCCAAUAAACUGGUCUAUCCUGAACUAUAUCCCAAAGAAAAUCUCUACAAUACUUCCAAUCAACUUAUAAAAAUGCUUUACAAUUGGUGCCGUAAUCCAGCUUUGUUUCGUAAACAACGUGAGAAAUUUUUUGAAUAUUUUACAUUUGAUCGUUAUUCGGCCCAACAUUUGGUUCCCAAAUAUUUGGAGAAAUUACGUUAUUAG